GUGAGCACCGCUGUGGUCUUCUGCUCUCUCCCCCUCCGAAGAAGACACUGGCGGAAUGCGACUCCGAGUGAGCUUUACGCGUUUGGGAACGGUCUGUUGCACGUUGGAACGCUCAAAAGCACGAGAGAGAGAGAGAGAGAGAGAGAGAGAGGCGUCUCUUAUGCAGCCGAUUCCGAGAUACCUGACCCCGGAUCCAGCGGCUUCGAAGUUCCCUCGAUUUCAGGAAGCAAACGCACUUCAUAUGUUGCUAAAAUUGACAUGACAUGCAGGGUAACAUUAUUACCAGCAAUAAAUCGAUUUCUUCCAAAACAUUGGAACGAUGACCUCAUUGUUUGGCAUGUUCCUUAUUUCCGGGCUGCUUCUCUGGAAUUCACCAGGUCUCAGGUUGUUGCUUCAGUACUGGAAUCUUUUUUCCAUGUUUGGUAUGCUCUAAAAAAGCAUUGGCUGGCAAACAAUAUACUGGGAAUUGCAUUUUGUAUUCAGGGAACUGAAAUGCUAUCGUUAGGGCCAUCUAAAACCGGUGCGAUUUUCUUGGCACUGUUGAGAUUUGAUACCUUACCUCUGAUGCAUUAUGGAAGAUGAUUUUAGGAAAACAAGGCUCCAUCAAUAAAAGCAUUUAUUGGUAAAUUUUCAUCUUGAAUCCAAAAAUAUCUAAAGCAAUACAAUAGCAUACAUUGGGGCUUUAAGUGAAAUUGGGUACAAGGUUAGACCUACACAUACCUUGGUAGGAUGGACUGGUUUCAGUGUUAAUGAUAGUGAUAGCAGUGAGGCUGUUCAUGGUGGAGGGAUGGAGCAGGAGAGAUUGGGUCGGAUAGAGGGAUGAGGGAACAAAGAGAGAUUAGGUUGGGUUGUUCUUCCCUUUGGAAACUUUACUUAUGUCACUGACUUGGACCUCCAUUGGAGAAAAUUGAUUCCAGAUUUUUUUGUCUGCUUUGAAGUUCCUCACAUCAUUCCUUUGGACUUUGGUCCCACUUCAGGCAUCUAAACACCAGGAAGUGGUUGAACCCAACUGCAAAUGACUUCUGUGGAGUCACUCUUAGUCAUCCAGGUAUGCCCUAAUGAUAGUGAGGUGGCAUUUUAAAGGUCAAUUUUGCUGGAAGUGAUCACAGUUUGGUUGUUUUGGGUAUCAGGAACAGAUGAUAAGUGUUCAAGGAUGGUAAUGGGCUAAAUCGAUCCAGGAUGCUUCAAGAUCUCAGCUAUGCAUCAAUGCUGAGGAUAAAUCUAGCUAAAUUACUCCAUGAUGCUUCAACAUCUCAACUAUGCAUCAGUUCUGAGAAUAAAUCUAUAGUCUAGCUUUUUCCUGGUUGGAUUCAACGAUACAAACAUACUUAUUUCCUGUUCAUUGGGGAUUAAUUUUAUGUCCAUAUGCUGCAGGGAUUAUGUAAUUACUGUUGAGAUAUCCUUUUAAGUCUUGCUUAGGCCAUUUUAUCAUUUAGUCUUGUUAAAUAAGUUUUGGCUAAAGGUUAAAGAUGGUCAAGGUUCCCAUUCUGGUCAAUUCAUCAGCAUUCCAGAAGUUCUUAUGUCUACUUAUAGUAAGAUAAAUGUUUGGUUUCUUUUGAGGUUUAAUAAAUGUAAUGCCUCAAAAUUAGGGAGAGAUGAUCCAUCAAACAAUCAUAAGCUACGAUAGUUCAAGUCUACCACCUCUCACUCAACUACCUUAAACUAUUGACAUUCGAGAUAAUUUAUAUCAACGUUCCUCUUACUGGUCUGUACCAGUGUAUCGACCAACUAUCGAUAUGGUACCUAUA